AUAACUAAUAAUAUUCAAUUUGAAAAUCAAAAUCAAAUUGAAUUACUUACUUUACAUAUAUAUGAUGAUGCAAUAAGUGAACAUAAAGAAGAAAGAUCAAUGAAAAAUAUUAAAAUAAUUGAAUAUUAUAAAAAAAGAAUUACUAAACAAGCUAAAGCAUUUAAAAAAGGAUUAGAAAAAAUUGAAGAUAAAAAAGAUAUUUUAAAUAAUAAAGAAUCAAAUGAAAAUGAUAAUAAUAAUUUAAAUGAAGAAAAAAAUAAUAAUAAAACAGAAGAAGAUAAUAAACUUCAAAUAGCUAUUAAUACUAUUGAUUAA